AUGUCGCAGGAUAAAGUAACCUUUACGCAUACAAAUACGGAAGGUUCUGGUGUCAACAUGACCCAGUCUGGCGAUAUAGUUACGAUAAAUGGAAGACAAUUUGCUAAAACUACUACAACUUCCACAGAAUCAUUUCAUGCUUCGAGAACAACAGUUACAAGAACUACAACAAUAACUCGUAAAAGAACAAGUGCAACAUUAAUUGUUAUUAAACUUACAUUUAAAGAUUUUUACGGCUUUGCUUCAUUUCAUCCAUUCAUGGCUAACAUUCGUCCAACAGGCAUGGACUUGAGACCAAACAAAGAUCUCAUCAUUGAAGAAGUGAAUAAACUUUCUCCCAUGCUUAGAGAAACCGCCACAGAGCCAAUCCCAUUCCCAGAAAACCAGGAAGAUACAAUCUACAAUUUCUGCUGGAAGUACGCUUCACCACUUUACUACUGCUCAAUCCUUAUAUUAGAAAUGAAGGCAGCUAAAGUAGAUUUAAAUACAAUUAAUGAAUUUUCUGUGACUCACGAUACCAUCAUACAGUUCCUCAAAGAUGAAUACGGAUUUAACAAGGAAAAGAAUCCAAAUCUCUUCCAGCCACAAGGAUACAUGGUUGUCGCUAAAGCAAUCAAACAAGCCUGCAAGGACAUCAAAUUGAUGAUGAAGGCUGUUAACAUGCAAGAAGUCAAUGAUGCAAGAGUACAGCCUAUCAUGGCAGAGCUUGAAGCUCAAAGGAAAGCUGUAAAAGCUGCAGUUAAACCUGUCAUCGAAAAAGAGAAAGAGCCAACAAUGGAAAUAUUCAGAACAUGCAGGAGAUCUUACAUUACAGCUAUGAGACUUAUUAACAACUUAGUUUACAAAGUCUCAAUUGUAGAUCAUGCGAUGGACUUCAAGACAAACUUAGCCUACUACGUUGGUAUAUUAGCCGAGAACGUACAGCUCUUCCUCGACGGAAAACAAAUGGCAAAGGAUUACGUCAUGCAGGUAAAUCCGGACUCAGAGACUCAUAAGAGCAGAAGAAGAAGCGAUGGAAAGGAUCCUGCUGAAGAAGGAUCUCCAAAGAGCAGAGAAGUCAAGAUUUCUUUGGCAGAAUCAAAGCCACAGAAAGAAAAGCCAGUGGAAGAAACAGCUCCGAUAUCGUUAUCGGAAUUACGAUCAGGUCCACGCGAAGAUGACUCGAAACCGAUCGGAAAUUGGGCAACUUCUACAGAUGCGCUUAUGAAGAACAAGAAGGAAGGCCAAAUCAAGCUCAGACCAAACGAGCUUGGUUCGCAGUCCGUUUCGCUCUUCAUGCUUAAGCAAAAGCGUAAAUCAAUUUUAUUAGAUUCAAAUGAUGACCAAGUUUUGCUUCUCCAUCAGCCAUCCUUACCACACGUCACAUUCAACUUCGAACACGCGGGUCCUUUGGAGAACGAACAGUCCCAAAUGGUCGAAGAAGCAGAAGUAUCGCCAUUAUCUUCAGAAUCAUCAUCGCAACAGCCAGUUUACGACAGGGAUCACAUUAAUCCUGAUCUCUACCCACAAACGAUUAAGAUUCCGAACUUUAAUUCGUGGCAUCCACAAACAAUUUCGAAAUCUAUCAAACAACCACGUGUUCCAGCCGUAUCUCUUGAUAAGCUUAAGAGCCAUUCCGCUAAACGUUCUAAACUCGGCUUCCUUUCCGUAUCUAUGUCGAAUAUCUUCUCUUCUUCUCACGAUUUCAAGUCAAUGAGGAUCAAGAAGAUCGAAGAUGUCCUUGUAGCUCCAGAAAUUUCAUCGUACCACCCAGAUUACGUCGAAGAACAGUUAGAUGAUGCAAUUGUCCAGCUCCAGAAGUGCAAAGAAGAAUACCAGGAGAUCGAGAACUCAUCCAUCGAAGAAAAGGCUUUCUUCUUCUGCAAGUGGCAUAAGACUUUCGAUGAAGCUCCUCAACUUGUAAAAGUGACACAAGAAAAGAAACCACAGUCCGAGUCGCUCAAGCUUGCCAUUGACCUUCUUGCCUCACUCAGUCAUGCUAAUGAUGAGGUCAUGGAGCAGUUGCAAGAGAAAGAAUGGGAAUCUCCAAGAGAUGCAAUCAAUCAUAUCACAGAUCUCUUAAGAAUCCUCAUUAUUUCACUCAACUACGCUGAAGAAGAUCUUAAGACUCUCAAGUUGCCCAAUAUUAAUGCACAAGAAGUUGCAGAUUGGAAGAGAUAUUACACAGAUAUGCUCCAGAACAUCGAAAUCAUCAAUUCUGCUCACGAUAACGUCGUGGUAUUACAGAACUUGAAGUAUAUCGGUGAAGCUCGUUCCCAUUGGUCUUCAUUUGGCGCAACAGCUCAAUCAAUCGACAGAGAGACAAAUCGUUCGAUCUUGGUCAUCACACACAAGACACUUAUCAACACGGCCGAUCUCAUUAUCUUGUACAUUAAGUCCGCAGAACUUACAGAUCUUACUACAAGACCACAAAUGGUCCAAUACCUCGAAGCAGCCAGAACAAAGUUACAGGCUGUCAAGAAGGCAAGGAUUAUGGCUGUUGCAAGCAUCGUCGGAGUUACAGAUACCUUGAUUACCCAAAUUAUUUCGGAAAUCAACGUCGAAAACGCCAAUCUCGGUGCAUGCGAUGCAGAUAGAUUCUGCCAACAGCUCGGAGAUAUCACAAACAAGGUCGAAGCAGCUAUCCACAACGUUAAAAACCAAGAUCAAACAAAUAUCCUUUUAGAAUUCCACGAAUAUACCACCGCCGCCCGCUACAACCUUCUCAACAUGCGUGUCCAAGACAACGAGAAGGAGCCAGACCUUCUCCCUCUUCUCAAAGCGAAUGCCGAAGAUUUAGAUGCACUUGAGAAGCAAUUCAGAUCGGCUGCCCAGGACACAAGUUCUACUCCGACCUCAGCGGCCUUCUGUCUUCAAUGGGCCGACCAAAUUGAGAAGUUCAGAUUAUCAUUAAUCUCAAUUGAAGAAGUUUCGGACAUAAUUCUUCGCAAUCCUUCAAGAUACGAUGCUGCCGAUGUCCAUCUCAUCAAUAUCGGCAAGAACAUCCGUGUUUUCGAACGAUCAGAUUUCACAUCUCUUGUUCCUGUUACCGCAAACUACACAAAGACCACUACUAACCUCCAAGUAACAAUUGACUACCUUACAGAUACACCCAACAAGCUCAGAAGGCAAGGAUUGGAGUCAACAAAGGCAUCUCAGUCACCAUUAUUCUCCGGAUUGCAGCCAAUCUCCAUGAAACCGAUUUCAGGAGAGCAGAUGCCACAGAAGACAACGAUCAUCAUCGAUCUCAAACCUUACAUGAACGGUUUCAUUGAAAAUCCAAGUGAAAUCAAGUCCCAGAUUUCGGAAGCUAUGCCAGCAGAUGAAGCACAGGAUAAGACAAUCACUGAUAAGCUCAAUCGCCAGAUAUUGAGAUUGUCAAGUGCUCAGACCGAUGCUUUAUCGAGAAACUACAAUUUGUCAACAAAAUCUACUGAUGUUCUUUUCAAUUUGAUUGUCACUUUUUGUCAAUCAUUGAUUCAACUGAAUCCAUUGAUAGAAGAUGCUAUUGAGUUGAACGACAUCAGUGAGAUCAAGAAGGUUGUAUCACAGAACAUCAAGAAGUUGAAUUCUAUACAAUCAAGUUACAAUGAUAAAGCAGUUUAUUCCGAAUUCGCACAAAAGAGACUGAUGAUCUUCGCACAGACCCUCAAAGUACUUUCCCAUAUUACAGAGCUCAACCUCAGCCACUUAACUACCGAUCUUUCCUUCAAUGAGUCCUCAUUGAAUUCAGAUAUGAGACAACUUACAGUCAACAUCGCUUUCUUCCCCAAGUUCCCAUCAACACCAGCUGCAAUGACCCUCAAAGACGUCAUAAGAGUCAACAAACAAUCUCAUGACGAUAUACAAUUCGAACUUCUCCCAAUAAUUCAGUCGGAAUCGAAGUUCCUCACAAGAAUGCUCGACAUCAUACAGAACUUUUACGCUGAAGCUGAUGUAAGAUUCUUCAGACUCGAGCAAGAAUACACCGACAAACUUGAAGAAGCAAUUGUAGUGGUCAGGGAAGUGAAAUUAGACCCAUUCUCAGACCAGAAGACACAAACAGCUCAGGUCAAGAGAAAUCUCGAUGUCGUAUCCGAUACUUUCCUCGAAUACUCUACAAUGCUACAGGAAGGUGAUUACAACCCUGAAAAAUUGUGUAAUCUGAUACUUUUGUUAUCGUCUCAUGUUGUCACUUUUUGUCAAUAUGCCCUUACAAUUGAGAACCGUGACGAUUAUUUCCUACAACAUGUAUUCAAUUUACAGAACUUCUACAUUGAGUUAAUUGCCACUAUUAAGCUUCAUGCAGAGAUUGGCUCACAGAGGCUUUAUAGUACACAAGCAAGACAUUGUUUGCAAAAGGUAAGGACAGCGAUAAGUACAGCGAACAGACAUCUUGCAUUGAUGGAACAAUUGGAUUCACAGGCAUGUUUGGAUUCGCAACAAACAGCCAUGGAAACAUCACUUUCUAUUCUCGCGAGAUUGGCUAAAUUACUUUACAUCGCAAGAGACAAUUUGAGAGUAGAAACAGACAAAAGUAAGUGUACAGGACCAAGAAGAGUUUUAGUUCAGUCCAUCUGCUCUUCAUACGAAUGCUCUGCACAGACAUUGUUGACUGUUAAAAACAAAGUCCAGCAGUUGACAAUCAAACCAAAGGCAAGAGAUGUUAGAUCUCUCAUUUGGGCUGCACAGAGUUUACUCAACGCAAGUGACUAUUUACUUGUGGAGAUAAGAGGAACAGCACUUGAUGACAUAGAGUCAAUUGAGUUCUGGAUCGGAGCUGCUUCUGAACCAAUUAUCAAGGCUUUGGGUUCAAUCGCUUCUUCUAUCCCUGCUUCCGUUCCUCAGGCAGCAAUAAUGAGAAGGAAGGUAUCAGUAAUUCACCACAAGUGUGAGAUUUGCGUGGAACCAUUCCAGGAAUGUCGUGCAUUCACUGUAUCUCAAUAA